AUGAGGAACAAGCUCCCCGCUCUCAUCCCCCUUCCGGGGGUCUAUGUCCCACUUCUUUCAUGGACAAAGCCCGACUCGGACAAGCUUGACCUCGACGCGUACUGCAGACAGAUUGACCGCGUGGUAGCCGAAGGUGUGCAGGGGAUCCUCGUGCAUGCUGGCCGGGGCGAUCCUACCGCCCUCCCUGUGCCCGAGUAUCAGGAGGCCAUCAAAGCGGCCAAAGCUACCAUCUGCGCGUCGGCCAAGCCCGGUCCUGUCUCACGCACGUCAUACCCGACCCUCAUUGUCGGAGUUAGCGCCCCGAUCUUAUUCCGUACCAUCGAGCGAUGCGUGUAUGCCCACAACCUCGGGGCCGACUAUGUGCUCGUGCAUGCGCCCGUUGAGGCGACGACGGACCAUGCCAUCGAGUCAUUCUUCACCAGAGUUGCCAACUGGUCCAAGGUCCCCGUCAUCCUGUACGAAACCGCCGGCACUCCCGCCAUCUCCAACUCGCUGGUGGACAGGCUGGCCAAGCACGCCAACAUUGUCGGCCUGGUAUCGUGGCGUCCCUGCACGGGUGGGAGGCAGAUCACGGGCUUUGCGACGUUCCAGUGCACCUCGUCCCUCAGCAUGUCUCUGGGGGGUAGCACUGGCAUCAUUGCGCCCCUCGCCAACCUCAUUCCAGCCGCUGUCGUGCGUGCUUGGACAGGCUGGGCGAGCGGUAAUGUCCGCGCUGCCAGACGCUUCGCGCGCGACAUGGAAGAGGCAGGCGUACUCGAGGCCGCCGAAGACGUGCCCGGCAUCGCGGUGCGCGCCUGUGGACGCCGUUGCCACGAGUGUCCCUUUUGGCCCUGCGAGGAGGCGGGAAGCUGGUGGGGCGUCCAGAACAAUCAUUAUGACUUUACGCCGACGCAGUCGUGUGUUAAUUUGGCCGAGUUGGCCGCAUUCCCUGUCGCGCCCGUCGCGCCGGCCAACGAGCUCACUGCGGAGUAG